CCUCAUACCAAUUGUUAACCAAUUUCCAUUAUCAUUUCCUUUAUUGGUCUGCUUAGAGACAUUUUCACCUGAGUUAAAAAUCGAUUGUGUAAUUUUGUGAGUAAUGGUAGUUAAAAGGAAAACUACUCGUAUUAAGAUGCCCUCACAAAUCAACGAAGUGAUUGAUGUACGCAGUGGCACAUGAAGUUGAAUAAAUCAGAGCGACAAAUAAGUGUCUUCAGUCAGAUUUUGAGUAAAUAUUUCCCUAAAGCUUAUUUGCACUCGGUAAACACUCCCUCCUUCCUACUUCGUCCAGCUCAUUAAGCAGUGGUUUUCCUUGAGCUUUGUGCUAUUUAAACCGCAAGCUUCAAUAAAGUGCUCAACAGAUUUCCGAAAAUCUUCUGCGUGCUUUGUUCGAUUGUUCGUUUGUGGUGGCAUGGCAUACCUGCAUGAGCUCACAUAUCCAAUGUCGAGGCCACGCAAUGACUUGCUCCUCUUCAACAAAGCGAGCACAAAGACAACUCUGACAAAGAAGCCGACAUUAUGUCAAGUGGUGUUGCCGUAUUGCAAAGGCUACUGCGACAUCUCCUCCUUGCAUGGCGUGCGCUAUCUGACCGACCCAAAACUUUACUACUUCGAACGCGUCAUCUGGCUGCUGCUGUUGAUCGCCACCACCUGCGGCUGCCUGUACGUUUACGAUGAUUUGGCCGAUUUGUACUAUUCGCAACGCAUUCAAACGAUUGUCGAUGACACCGUUUCGCCCAUCUUCACUAAGCCAUUCCCGGCGAUUGGCAUAUGUCCACGCAACCGCAUCAAUUGGCCAAAACUUAUGGAGGCACAUGAAGUAUUUCUCGCACGAAAUGCCAGCGACGAAGUGGUGCAGACAUUUCGUCGCUUCUUCGCCAUAAUGGGCGAUUUCAGCUUUGGCGAAUUUAACCACUUGUCGCGGCUGUAUCGACUUGAUUUGAAUCUGACACUGCUGGACGAUGUGAACAUAAUGGAGGUAAUGCGUUAUGUCGGCUUCACAUGCGAUGAGCUGUUCGUGCAACCCUGUCAUUGGCGGCGCAACGCAUACAAUUGCUGCGAUCUCUUUUCGAUGGAACGUACGGAGUAUGGGUUUUGCUUUGUCUUCAAUUCGGUAGUCACAAAACGGGGGCGCGAGCGAAUGCUUAAGGACCGUUAUUAUCCGUAUCACAACGCAAAGACCAACGAGUUGUCUGGUUUGGAUGUUGUCAUAAAUCUUGACGAGACUAAGCAACCGCCAAAUUUUACUCGCACAAAUGGAGUCUAUGUUAUGGUAAAACAGCCGCAACAAUGGCACAGUGACCCACGGUUUAUCAACCCAAAUACAUACACAAAAAUACCGGUAAUACCACAAUUCACCUUAACAGACGAACGAACACGUGCGGUGGGACCAGAAGAGCGGCGCUGCUUCUUUCAAAACGAAAAUGGUCAUCCUCUUUACAAGAAAAUCCCAGGUUUGGAAUAUCGACGUGGCAACUGUUUCACACGCUGUCAUCAGGAAUAUGUUUUCAAGCUAUGCAAAUGCAAUUUGCGGGUGUUCUUUCCACAGGCUGCAAGUGAUAAUAUAACGGCAUGUACUGCAAAGGAUUUCAAGUGUCUCUAUGAAUAUAGAGAGAUUUUCAAGACCGACAAUCUCGUGGCGGAAAGCCAGUAUGUUGAGGCCGUGUCCAAUCACACUAUGAUUUGUAACUGUUUGAAUAACUGCAAUCAGAUGAUAUACGUCACCAAUUACAUAAGUAUGCCGCUGGAAGACGUCAACGCCACAGACGAGGUGAAAAAAGUACACCUGGAUGUGCACUACGCCUCCAACUACAUGAUGAGCUACAGCACACGAAUCCGUUACACUUUCGUCGAGCUGUUAGCUAACUUCGGCGGCAUCAUUGGCCUCUUUUUGGGCGCCUCACUGAUGAGUGGCGUUGAGCUCUUCUACUACUUCACCAUUGGCCUUUAUACAUAUCUGCGUCAACGCGGCUAUAUUUCCAGCGGAUUCAAUUUCUCUUUGCGCAGCAGCCCAAUAGUUGCGAGUUUAAAGCAUAAAAAAAUGUUGAAGAAACGCAAGCGAUUUUUGGAAAAUAACAAUCGUAAGUUUAAAGUUCAACUGAGACAUUGAACUUUGUGCUUAAAAUGAAUAUGAAAUUUUAUAAGACAAAACCAAUAAUUUAAGUUGAAAUUA